UCACGUCACUUUCACUUCCUGCCAGAAACUGUGCAGUCAGCUGUAAGAAAAACAACAGCAGGUUUCUGGGAUUCUCUCUCUGGAGCUCCAGUUCCUGUAUCCAGUUUUAGUUUUUACUUUCAGUGUCGUGUCUGUGCUUUAACCCGAGGCAGAACAUGAGACUGUACACAUUCUUUCAGAACAAAAGAUAAAGGCGUGGUGUAGAAACAGAAGAGUACAGACGAAGAAGAAGAAAAGAGAGAGAGAGAGAGAGAGAGAGAGAGAGAGAGAGAGAGAGAGAGAGAGAGAGAGAGAGAGAGGGAGAGAGAGAGAGCACUGCUAAAAGGACAGAAGAUUAAAAGGUCAUACUUUGUGGUGUAAAGAUGGCCAGCGCUCCUUUACCUUUCACUAAUGUGGGAAGCGGCUACACCGUCGUCACUCAAGUUAUUCCCUCAUCUACAGCCCCGACUACAGCAGAGCAAAAUUCCACUCAGACACUCGGCCCACUGAGCAAGUUCCUGAAAGGAGAACCCAAAGCUCUGGGGACUGUCCAGAUAAUGAUAGGAUUGUUGACGUUAUUGUUUGGUAUCGUGUUGGCGGCCUUCCCUCGGUCUGUCCUGAUUGUCUCCAGAGUCAUCUUCUGGAGCCCGUUACUUCACAUCGCCGCCGGCUCUCUGGCUGUUUCAGCAAGCAACAAGUUAAACUCCUGUGUGGUGAAGGCCACACUGACACUGAAUAUUUUUAGCACGCUAUUUGCAGGAUUAACCAUCAUCUUCCUGAUCUUGAAUCUGAUGUUUGGGAGUUAUGUAUACUGCGACUAUGAGGACAGUUACAGAUGCAACUACGCCGCAGAGGACCCGGGGAAGGGAAUAACUGGAGUUCUGCUGGUUUUCACUCUGCUCCAGUUCUGCAUCUCUAUCGCACUUUCAGCCUUCGCCCGCAAAGCCACCUGCACCAGUGAACCUACCCUGAACAUCAUCAAUGUGGUUCAGAACCCUGAGAGUUUUGCUCCUAGUGCUCCUGUGAACAACCUUUUCCCACCUCAUCACACUCAGCAGGGGGUCAAUACGAUGCACGGCGUCGCCAUGGCUAUGGUACCUAGGGAAAAUCCUCCGGCGUACAGCGAGAAAAUGUAACCAGACCACAGAGAAGGAAUAAAUAUAAAAACUGUUCACUAACACUAACUCAAUGACACAAUCUCACUGACCAGAAAACACACACAAUCAAGGACACUGAAAGCCGACUGUACAUCACACACAUCACACACACUAUACACACAAAUUAUACACAUCACACACAUUAGACACAAUUAUUGCUCCUUUUUUCUCAAAACUAUUUUGAGUUGAAUUUCUCACAUUAACAGCUGUGCAUAUUUAUUUUAGAAAUAAACUUUAUUUUUGUUCUCUAAUCUUAAACAAAAUAAAAAGAAUAAAUAUCUAACAUGA